AUGGGAGGACCUCCAGAAUGUGUGCAGAGAGUGAAGUUCACCCUGGGUCUGCCUCUGUUAAGAUGCACCUUUCAGGAACAGGCAGAGAAAACAAAGAAUUUUGCCAGCCGAAGCCUCGUCAUAGGAGAAGUGCUCUCCACGGCAGACAUGGCCACAGCAGUAAAGUGUGGAAUAAUUUAUUGGCUAUUUGGUGGUGCAGUCAGGAAUCUCAAAAGCCUGGGACAUGUAACUAAGAGGCUUCAGCCACUGCAGGAGCAGAAAUACACUGGGAUGUUUGCAAUGACCGAGAGGUGCCAAGGGAACAACGUGAGAGGGAUCCAGACCGAAGCCACUUUUGACCUCUCUGCACAGGCGGUUGUGAUCCACAUACUGUGCAAAGACGCUGAGAAGAUGUACAUCGGAAAUGCCAUGCAUGGGAACUACGCCAUGGUCUUCGCCCAGCUCAUUGUGGGUAGACGAUCUAAAGGUCUGCCUGCGGUGGAUAAUGGGAUUUUAAUAUUUGACAUUCAGAUAGCAAGGGACAGCCUGCUGGAUAAGUUUGGGUCCGUGCCCCCAGAUGGGCAGCACCACUCCCCUAUUAAGAACAAGAGUGCGAGAUUCAACGCGAUGCUGGAAGCACUGACCCCUUCGAGAUUGGCGGUGACUUUCCAGGCUAUCGGCGCCAUGAAACUUGGGUUGACGAUAGCCAUUCGCUACAGCCACAGCUGGAGGCAGUUUGGGCCCAAAGAGAAGGAAGAGGUCAAGAUCAUUGAGCACCAAACGCAGACCCUUCUGCUGAUGCCUCACCUGGCCACGACCUUGGCCCUGACCUUCACCAGCAGCCCGGCUGGCCAGGCCUGGACAGACACAGUGCUGCUGAGUCGGGCCUGGACCCUGCUGCGCCCCAGUGAUCCCCCCCUGUACCCCUCUUACCCUUAUCACACCUGUGGGUCCAGAGGGAGGGGAGCCCUGCUUCUGCUGGCUACUCCGCUGCUGGGCGGUGCUGUGACCUGUGUAAAUGCCAUUGAACUUGGUAACAGGAUGGGUAACAUGAUGGAAAUCCAAAUCUCAGGCUUAAAGUGUGCCACGGAUGUGUUUGUUACUUUCGAAGGUGACAAUGUUGUUAUGCUGCAGGUUGUGGUGCGGUAACUGCUGGCUCAACACACUACACAGCAUGGAGAAAGGCCACUUGUUAGCCUGCUCCAAAGCUGGGCCGAGUCUGGGGGUGACAAGCUCAGAACCAGUUUCCUGGGACUGAACACGGACACAGUCAGUAAUCUCACCUUUCUGUGGAAAGCUGUGAAUUUUCGCGAAAGGGUUCUUCAGCGGGGUUUGGUGGCCAGAAUGUGUUACAAGGUGGUGGCCAGGAAGGAGGACGUCUUCGGGGCCUGGGACGCGUGUCUGCACCACGUCGCCUGCCUGUCUCUGGCGCACGUCCACAGAGGUCAGCGACCUGUUGCAUAUUCAUGA